GCACUCCCGACUGGACUGGAAUUCCUCUCAGGAUUAAGACAUUCCAAGAAACAUAUGUUCCUUGUUCGAAAUAUAGAAGAAAAUCAGAAAUAAAAUAAAUAAUGGUGCCAGAAGUGGAAAAAUUGGAAGAAAGUGCAAUAGUGGAGAACGGAAGUGACAGCAUAGUAGAACCAAUGGAGCAUAUUGAAGAGAAUAAACCCAAGCGUAUAUACAAAAUCCGCUUAGAAGUAGCUGCCCUUUUGGUUUCUUUUGCAAUUAACUUAUCUAGUGCCGUUUUCCAAAAUCAAGUAUUGUAUCAGUCGUGUAUAGUCGUUUUCAAAUAUAAUGACACAGUUUGUAAUGAUAUCGGCACAGGCAAAGUGAACAGUGAUCCUCAGUUGAAAGCUAUCGAAAACAUCGUACAACCAUUUUCAUCGAAAAUAUUUAUGGCCGAAUCUCUAGUCCAAGCAAUCAUUCCAGCAUUUAUAGUCCUUUUCAUUGGUGCUUGGUCUGACAAAUUUGGAAGGAAGCCUGCUCUACUGGGCACAAGUUCAGGAUACGUUUGUUUCUUCGUUAUAAAAAUGAUCAUUGCUGCAGUUUCACUCAAACAAAAUGUUAAUCCGUGGAUUUACAUUGUAGCAUCGAUUCCUGUGUCUUUAUCUGGAGGACUCUGUGCCAUAUUAAGUGCUAUCUAUUGUUAUGUUGCCGAUGUAACAACGUAUUAUGAACGGCCUUACAAAAUGUGCUUGAUGAGCGGUGUUAUAGCUUUGGGGGAACUUCUAGGACAAUUGCUAAGCAGUUACGUGUAUAACGCUUCUAAUGCAUGCGUAGUCUUUGCCGUUUCAGCAGCAGCCCAGAUUUUGGCGAUUAUAUACAUCGUGUUUGUUAUAAAUGAAAGCGUCCCGAAAGAGCAGUUAUCGUCAGGAUCGAAAUUACGGGGUUUCUUUGACUGGGGACUUUUGGUUGAAAUGUUCAAGACAACUUUGAAAAAGAGACCACAUUUCGAAAGAGCCACUAUUUGGUGCAUUCUUUUACCAGUUACUGCGAUAACCUUUGAUUCAGCUGGCACCGGCAACGUCUUCCUCCUGUUUGUACGUGGCAAAUUCGGUUGGACAGUCCAAACCUUCACGACUUUCAAUGCAAUUCACAUUGUUAUUGAUUUCGUUGGAGCUGUCGCAGGAAUUUUUAUUCUUCAAAAGUUUUUAGGUGCAACACAAACCACUAUGACACUUUUGGCCUUCGGAUGCUACGUUGUCCAGUCGGCAUUUUAUGCAGGAGCUGCCGCUCCUUGGUGCUUGUAUGUGGGAAUGGGCGUAUCCUUUCUUCUUGGAAUUGCUACACCUAUGGGACAAUCAAUGCUUUCAAACACGGUACCACCUUGUGAUAUAGGAAAAGUGUUUGCAUUGAUGACAGGUUUAGGAGCUAUUGCGCCCCUGAUAGCUUCUCCUCUCUACACCUUGGUAUACAACUCAACAUUGGCAACAUAUCCUGGAGCGUACAAUCUAAUCAGUUUGGGCCUUUAUACGCUUUGCUUCUUAUCUAUUGGAUUUGUGCAUAUCGCUGAACUCUACUAUCCAAAUCGCAAUUGCUAUUAUAAUAGUCACACAUAUGAUAGUGAAAGCAUGGACUCGAAUAUGGGAAACUCAGAAGUUGAUCAGGGAACUGAAGGAGGUCCUGAUACUUCAAAAACUUCCAGAUUUCACAGUACAUAUAAAAUACGUUUAGAGUUGGCUGCAUUGCUGAUUAAUUUUGCAAUUAAUUUAUCCGGUACUGUUUUUCAGAAUCAAGUGCUUUUCCAAACGUGUACGGUGGUGUAUAAUUUUAAUUCUACAAUUUGCAGAGAUAUCGGGACAAGCAAAACCAACACAGAUCCUCAGCUAAAGGCGGUGGAGAAUACUGUGCAGUCAUUUGCAUCGAAAAUUUUCAUGGCUGAAUCCCUAGUUCAGGCGAUCAUUCCAGCAUUCUUGGCUCUAUUCAUAGGUUCUUGGUCAGAUAAAUUUGGAAGAAAACCUGUUAUGUUAGUGACAGGCUUUGGCUACAUUUGCUUCUUCGUUGUGCAAAUGAUUAUUGCAGGCAUUUCACUGGAACAGGAUGUGAAUCCUUGGCUCUAUAUCAUAGCCUCGAUUCCCAUUUCUCUGAGUGGAGGAUUUUGCUCCUUGUCAAGCGCAAUUUAUUGCUACGUUGCCGACUUAACCACAUUCAAUGAAAGGCCCUACAAAAUGUGCCUCAUGAGUGGAAUCAUAGCUUUAGGCAAUCUUUUAGGGCAGUUAGCGAGCAGUUAUUUAUAUGAUGCUUCUAAUGCCAGCGUUGUUUUUGCCGUGGCUGCUGGAGCGCAGAUAAUUGCGGUGGUAUUCAUAGUCUUUGUUAUAAAAGAAAGCGUCAAAAAAGAGCGAUUAUCUUCAGAGUCUAAAUGCAGAGGAUUUUUCGACUGGCAGCUACUGAUUGAUGUGAUGAAAACGACCUUCAAAAAGCGACCUAAUUUUGAAAGGUUGACUAUUUGGUGUCUGCUGCUACCAGUGACAGCGGUUACCUUUGAUACGGCCGGAAUAGGGAACGUUUUCUUUCUAUUUGUCCGCGGAAAGUUUGGGUGGAACGUUCAAACCUUUACUACAUUUACCGCAAUUCGAAUUUUUAUAGAUUUCGUUGGUGCAGUUGCUGGAAUUGCUGUGCUUCAAUUGUAUUUAGGAGUGAAACAGUCAACAAUGGCUCUUCUGUCAUAUGGCAGUUUUGUGAUCCUUGCAUCAUUUUACGCCGCAGCUUCUGCACCCUGGUAUCUGUACGUAGGGGCCAGUAUAACAUUCAUGGUCGGCAUUGCUACUCCUAUGAGUCAAUCGUUGCUUUCAAAUACUGUUCCACCCAGCGAUACAGGAAAGGUGUUCGCUUUAAUGACUUCUUUGGGGGCGAUUGCACCUCUGAUAGCUUCUCCUCUCUAUACAUCUGUAUAUAAUUCUACACUGGAGACUUAUCCAGGAGCAUACAAUUUAAUCAGUGUUGCUCUUUAUAUACUCUGUUUCUUAGCAACAGGAUGUGUACAUAUCGUCCAUCUCCGGUAUCCUCAUGUAAACAAAGUACAAGAUUAGUUGAUAUGUACCUAGCGUUAUCAUUGAAUAUUUAUAAAAAGUUUCCAAGGACCACCAAAAAAUAUUGUUUAUAAUAAACAUGCUCGUAUUUGA